CAGUUAAUUUAAAACAUUUCUUGUGCAAACACCACAAUUUUCCACCAAACCCUAAAAAGCCCUCUUCUUCUUCUUCUCUCUGCUCCUUUUCACUCCAUCUCCUCCUUUUUCUCCUGAAAAAUGAGUGCCAACCCUAGUACUAGCGGCGGCGGAAGUGGCGGCGGAGGAGUAGGUCUGGGGAGUGGGAGUGGGAGUGGCGGCGGGGGAGGGCCAUGUGGGGCCUGCAAGUUUCUUCGAAGAAAGUGCGUUCCAGGGUGCAUAUUUGCCCCAUAUUUCGACUCGGAACAAGGCGCCGCCCAUUUCGCUGCUGUCCACAAGGUGUUCGGAGCCAGCAAUGUGUCCAAGCUCCUCCUCCAUAUCCCUAUCCAUAAGCGCCCCGACGCCGUGGUCACAAUUUGCUACGAGGCCCAGGCUCGCCUCCGAGACCCUGUCUAUGGCUGUGUCUCCCAUAUCUUUGCCCUUCAACAACAGGUGGUGAGUUUGCAAGCCGAGCUGUCGUACCUCCAAGCCCAACUAGCAUCACUGGAACUGCCGUCGCCACCAAACCCGCCACCUCCACCUCCACCACCAAGUUUCCAAGGGGUACCGCCGCUUUCCAUCUCAGACCUGCCAUCCCCCCCCUCCCUGCCAGCCACUUACGACCUGUCGUCCCUCUUUGACCCAAUGGCUCAGCCUGCCUGGGUCUUGCCACAGCAGCGCCUCGACCCUCGCCAGUUCACCGGGGGUGGAGGCGGCAGUGGCGGUAGCAGCGGCUUGUCCACUGUGGCCGGAGAAGGCGAUCUUCAAGCCUUGGCCCGUGAACUCCUGCAUAGACACGGCGCUCCACCAAGCUCCGACUCCUCAUCGCCGCCGUCCGUCUCUAAAUAAAAUCAAAACCCUUCAUUUUCUUUGAAUUUCUUGCCUCUUUGAUUUCACUUUUGUCAAAAAUUGAAGGGUUCCUGAGUUUUAAGUUUUUCUAUAAAAAAAAAAAAAAAAAAAAAAAAAAAAAAAAAAACACAAUAGUUUAGACAUGUAGCUAUAUUAGUUUUUCAAUUUACAUGUCAAGCUGUUGGUGUUUUUGUCAACCACAGUUAGGUUAGUUGGUGAGUCUCAAAAAUAAUGAUCUCAAGAAUGGUUCAAUUAAAUAAAUGUUCUAUAAAACAUUACUCAAGACUGGUCUAUGUUACUCUAUUUCUUGGCAUUGAUUGCCUAUAAUGCUUGAGAUACAUUGUUAAGUCCCGGGAUUACUCCGGAUAAUUUAUGUC